GUACUAGUGAGGUAACUGCUUGAUGACACACAACAUCCUCUUGUAAGAGACAUAAAGGCACAGACAGAGCUCAUACAUCCCUCCACUACUUCCUCCAACAGUUUAUGAAUUAAAUCCUUUCAUACAGCAGACGGAAAAAAGGAAGAAGGUGAAAAGGGGAAGGGGCAAAUUUGAAUCUCAAAACUUUCCUUGGUGUGGUCAUACAGCUUAUUUAACCAUCAAACCCACAACUGUUUUUAAUAGAACAUUAUUUUUACUGUCUUCCCAAAAUCUGUCACCACGCUGAUUCAUAUAUUUUGGUUAAAUAAAAAUUAUAAAGAUAUUUAAAUUUAAUUUGCCAAAAUGCUGUCAGAGCAAAAUGUAAACUUGACCACCCCAACUUUAAACUUUACAACCCCGAUCCCUGGUGGUGGUAGAGGCGGCGGCUGCCCACCAGUUGGUAUUCAACUGGAGGGUGUGAUCCUGCCCCCAGUCCUCACCAUUGAUGUCAUACUGGGGCUGCUGGGAAACAUAGUUGCCCUGUGGAUCUUCUGCUUUAAACUGAAGGCCUGGAACCCCAACAACCUAUUCCUCUUCAAUCUGGUUAUUGCCGACUUCUUGGCUCUGGUGAGUCUGCCGCUGAGGAUUGAUGCCUUGCUCAGGGGCCACUGGGUGUUUGGAGAUGGUUUGUGCCGGAUCAACCUCUUCCUGAUGUUUUCCAACCGCUCAGCCAGCAUUGCACUCAUGACUGUGGUGGCAAUUUACCGCUACUUUAAGGUGGUCCACCCUCACCACCGGUUCAACCGUAUGACCAAGCGGCAGGCUGCGUUCGUGUCUGUGUUUGUCUGGCUCCUGGUGAUCAGCCCCCGGGUUCCCAUGCUUGCUUACAACCACAUCAAGAACAGCGGCAACACCACCCAGUGCUUCUUCUUUACUUCUUACAAAGAGGCAUCGCGGGCGAUAAUCAUCCUGGUUGGCAUGCACCGGAUCCUGACGGUGCUGGAGUUCAUCAUCCCAAUGGCCAUGCUGCUGUUCUGCUCUAUCCGGAUUUCCAGCUUCCUGAAGGAGCGACAGAUGGGAAAACCAGACAAGGUGCGAAAGGCAAUGCGAGUGUGUGCCGUCAUCGUUGCAGUGUUCAUGGUUUGCUUCUUACCCACCACGGUGACAACUAUUGGGGUGUGGGUCAUCCGCUCGUACCGCCCGUGGGACUGCACCUCCUUCUACACUUUUACCCAGCUCACCAUUGUGUCUUUGGGGCUGAACUUCCUGAACUCGGCCCUGGACCCCAUCGUCUACGUCUUCUCCAGCUCCAUGUUCAGGAAGGCCCUUUUCAGCUCACUGCCCCGCGCCCUGUGCUGCAGGCAGGACACAGGUGAUGGCGAGAAUGCAGCGUCCUCGUCAGGAAGUCAGUCGACCACCCAGCAGGAACUGAAAUCAAUGAGGGCCGACAGAGAGAGUGAGGCCAUGUAAUAAGCUCUUCUGGAUCAAGCAACGCUAAGAAAAAGUGUCUAAUCCUGUUAGAAUUGUCUUCAUUUUUGUGAUAUAUUUUUUGUGGGUGAAUUUAUUUGUUUGUUGAUGUGUUAAAGCUUUGUUUUUUUUUGCAAUCAGUGUUAAUACAUCAAUACAUUUUCAUUAUGACCAUGUAUUAAAUGUGGACUCAGUUAUACAUGUGGUUGGACUGGUGCUGGGCAAAACACUUGUAUCUCUAUACAGUUUUUUGCAUGACUGGGCCUUUACAUGGGUUUAAACUGUCAGGAGCACAUAAAAUAUUAAAACAGUCAUCAUGUACUAAA